GAACGUAAUUUCAUUUAUGGAGGUUCAGAAAAUUGACAUCAUGGCUGUGAGAACAUAUAAAUGACGCACACGCUGUUGUUCAGAUCAGCUGCAGCAACAUCUCUGAAGGGAGUAUUCUACGGGCUGAGUUCCUCUAGAGGCACUGUAGAAACCAGAUUUUGUAAGAUAGACUGAGAAGCUCCUCUUCAGAAAACACUUCUGAGAACAUCUGAGAGAUUUUUCCUCUGUCUUUCAUUGUGCUUGCGAUUUCUUUUAAAAAACAUGUGCACUGGAGGCUGUGCUAAGUGCCUGGGAAUCACACUUAUCCCUUUGGCUGUGCUGUGUAUACUCGCUAACAUUUUACUGUUUUUCCCUGGAGGAAAAGUGGCUGAAAACAAUGACCACAUUACAGACGAGGUUUGGUACUUCGGAGGGAUACUGGGAUCCGGCGUGUUGAUGAUCUUUCCUGCCUUGGUGUUUUUGGGCCUUAAGAACAAUGAUUGCUGUGGAUGCUGUGGUAAUGAGAGCUGUGGAAAGAGGUUUGCGAUGUUUUCCUCUAUAAUAUUUGCUGCUAUUGGAGUUGUGGGAGCUGGAUACUGCUUUAUUGUGUCAGCAGUAGCCAUAAACAAAGGCCCGAAAUGUAACAAUGGAUUACAGUGGCUCUAUCCCUUCAAGGACGGGGAUUACUUAGGUGACCAAGGCUUGUGGAGCAUCUGUCAGUCGCCUGCGGACAUUGUGCCCUGGCACCUGACCCUUUUUGCUUUGCUAUUGGUGAUGAGUGGGAUCCAGGCAGUGCUCUGCGGCAUUCAGGUUGUGAACGGACUCUUUGGAACGAUCUGUGGGGACUGCACAUGCUGUGGAUGCUGUGGGGGUAACGGGCCUGUCUAAAGAACACCAGCGGUGCAAAAAACCCUUCUCACCUCUUGAAACCAUUUGGGAAAGGUUUCAGCAGCACCGCCUCUGCUAGGAAGAUCAGAAUGAAGGGCACUUCCCUACACCAUAGGGGUGAAGCCCUGACUUCUCUCCAGGCACCCAUGUGCUUGAAACCUCUCCUCAUGGAAUAAAAUUAGCAAAAGUCAAAUAUCAUAAUCAUAUUUAUUUUUGUAAAACAGAUUCCAUAUAGAAUUUUGCCUGAGAAUUCUCUUUUUAAUGUUAAUAGCUUUCUAAAUGUAGAUCACCAAACAGUGCUGAUAAAAGUUCAGUUGUUAUGAAAUUUUAUCUGAUUUCUUCUGAAGUUUAGCAAAUGGGAAUAUCAUAAACAAGUGGAACUUCUUUUGAGGAUAUGUUUAUGUGUGCAGAAAAGCAAGGACUUCUUUCUCCCAGGUCUGCUAUCUAUAAAAUAGAGACUGUAACAGAAAAGAUUUGUGGAUCUCAGCGUUUC